UUGCCGGCCGGUUGGGAGGACACUCCGAAGGGCGAGGGGUGGGUUUGGCCUCUCGCGCCUAGUUUCCCAGUUUCUUGAGUCUGGGUCUCUGGGCUGUCCCGAGCGAUCGCCCACGGGCGGCAGAACCUCAGAGGUUACCUCCAAUAAGAAGUGGCUUUCAAAGCUCUGCAGAAACAACUGUGGCAUGUGAUUUCAAGGCACGAUGGCUGCAAAAGUGGUUCCUAUGCACCCAAAGCCAAAGCGGUCCUUUGUUCUGAGAGUUCCUCCCAACUCCAAGCUGGGCCAAGACCUACUUCGAGAUGCUACUAGUGGGUCCAAGACCAUCCAUCAGCUGGUUCUGGAGCACUUUCUCACCUUCUUGCCCAAGCCAAGCCUAGUUCAGCCCAGUCAGAAAGUCAAGGAGACCUUGGUUAUUAUGAAGGACGUGAGCUCCAACCUUCAGAACACAGUGCAACCUCGUCCUUUAGUGAAGCUUCUACCCAGAGAAGGAAUCCAGCAGAAACAGGAGACAGGGUCUCCGUGUUUGAAAGCUCAGCCCGAGGAGCUGGUGGUCUUUGAGGAUUUGAAUGUAUUUCACUCCCAAGAAGAAUGCAUCAGCCUGGAUCCUGCUCAGCAGCGCACCUCAGAGAUGGAAGAAGACAAUAUUGGGGAGAUGAUAUUACUAGCAGUCAGUGACGGUAAUGCCGAAGGUGAGGAUCUUCAGAAGGAGCCUGUAGAGAAUGAAGAUCACAGAGCAAAGUCUUCAGAUUGUGAUGAAACUGAUUGUUCCAUGGUCUCUGAGCAACCUCCAGAUUGCCAAAAAGAAGGAAGACUAAAUAUGCCCUCUCCAAAGGAAAGGAAACUGAAAAACCUUUUAGUUACCAUUGAAAACGAUUCUCCACUGGAGGAACUCUCAAAGUAUGUGGACAUCAACGUUAUUGCACUUACCAGAAAUCGGAGAACAAGAAGAUGGUAUACGUGUCCACUGUGUGGGAAACAGUUCAACGAGAGUUCCUACCUUAUUUCCCAUCAGAGGACUCACACUGGAGAAAAGCCCUAUGACUGUAGUCACUGUGGGAAAAGCUUCAACCAUAAAACAAACCUGAACAAACAUGAGCGAAUCCAUACAGGAGAGAAACCUUAUUCGUGUUCUCAGUGUGGGAAAAACUUCCGUCAGAAUUCUCAUCGCAGUCGCCAUGAAGGAAUCCAUAUAAGGGAGAAGAUAUUUAAGUGUCCAGAAUGUGGGAAAACCUUCCCAGAAAACAAAGAAUUUGUGAUUCAUCUGCAGAGUCAUGAGGCUGAGAGGCCAUAUGGUUGUAAAAAAUGUGGGAGAAGAUUUGGUCGGCUGUCGAACUGUACCCGGCAUGAAAAAACCCACUCAGCAUAAAGUUUGGGUCACUCAGGCCCAGCCACCCAGCCCCACUCCUGGAAAAGCUCUUCAGAGUAUUGCCCCUCUGUCAGUCAAAAAGAAAACCUGCUUAGGAAGGAAACCCCAAGAGCCCGAGGAAGCGGAGGAAGAAAUCGGCUUGGAUCAGUGGCUGGUCAGUAGCCUUGCCAUACGCUUAGUUCCCAUCUAUGUGCAGGCAUCAGACCUUUGGCAAUGGGUGGUCACUACCUCACAUGCGCAAAGUGUUUUAGUUUUAGAAAUUAGGGCUCCAGUGGCUAGCUCAUAUUCCAUCUCAAGAGACAGGAUUCCAGUGUCCUCAUGGUAGUGGAUAUUUGUUCUCUUUGGCUGCCUGAUUUCCAGACUUCCCUGACCUGUCUGCCAGAGGUAAGGCCAGUGGUGCCUUCACAGGACUGAUCUUGUGGUAUGUGAUUUUAAGGAUUCUUGAUCAGUUUUGCUCUUCUUAGGUUUCCUAAGGGUUACAUGGCUCUAUUUUGAUUGAAACAGGUUAAAUCCUAUAAACUGUUGGGGAAAAAUUACCUUUACAAAUUUUGUUUCUCAUCCAGAAACAUAGCUUUCCAUUGAUUAAAGUAUUAUAUUCUUCAGUUUUUGUUACUGUAAAUCAUUUUUUUUAUUGUAUUUUUCUAGUUGGUUGUUGCUUUUACAUAUGGAAGUUAUUUUUAAUUAUAUAUUUGCAGAACUAGCCUCUUCUCUGAAUGUUAAUUUUCAGUACUUUCUCAGUUCUGUUAAAAUUUGUGGUUUAAAAAUUAUACUAUCUACAAAUAGUAGUUUUGUUUUUUCCUUUCUGCCUAUUUCUCUCCUUUUUUGUUACUUUUAAAAUAUGUGAUUCUAAGCUUUGUUUUGGUACAAAGCAUACUAAAAUAAGGACAUUUUAUGAUACAAUUCAAUUCUCAGUCCUAAUUAGAGAGAAAAAAAUAAACCCCAACACUUACAGGCUACAUUAAAAUAGUCCUUUAGGAGUUCUUGUUGUGGCACAGUGGAAAUUAAUCUGACUAGCAUCCAU